CCACCGUCCAUGAAAAUCAGUGACUGAGAUUAUGAAUUUUUCUACGGUUGUAGCAAUGCCAGCAGUAAAUUCAUCAGUAUGUAUUCUGUUUUUUAGCUUGUUAUUCCUCUCUCCAUCUUCACAAUCUGGAAAAUCAAACACAGUCGCCAUGAAUUCAUCGCCAUUAAACUGGGAAGCUUUGGAUUCUCUCGUCAUCGAAUUCGCCAAAUCCGAAAACCCCUUCUUCAACAACGAAGACUCUUCUACUCUCUCCUCCUUCUUCUCUUUCUUCCUCCUCUCUCUCUCCUCCACCUCCUUCUUCAUCGUCAUCUUCAUCUGAGUCGUAUUGAUCACGCCUCCUGAUUAGUCGGAUUCGCCCCCUGUUAGAGUCUGGUGAUAUUGACUCCGCUUUGGAUCUCCUUCGUCUUCAUACUCCUUCCAUAUUACAUGAUCUUCGCCUCUUUUUUGCCUUCAAAAGCAGGGUUUGACAUUUUUGGGCUGAAAUUAUGGGGCGCGACUGCUCUUUUCUUCGAAUUGGUGGCUGUCAUAGCUAUUAACGCGUGGUCGAGGGCGGCUAGCUGGGAUCGUGCGUGUGAGAGGAGAUGUGCAGGUGUUGGGAAGGAGAUGAAUUAUUGUUGUGAGCUGCUGCUGUGGGUGUGUGUGAGGUGGAGCAGCGUGAGUGCAGAGGCAGCUGGGGUCAAAUGGGGUGGCGAGGUGGCUGAAAUUCGCAAUGGCAGUAGUGAUUUGCAAUAUAUUUUCUAUAAUUCUGUAACAGUAAGUUAGAGGGAGGAAGUGAUGAGGGGGUUUCCUUCCUCUGGUAUGCUCACCCUUCACAAUAUUUCAGUUUCUCCUCCCUACUUUCAAAUGUAAAUAUCUUUAUAUACAUUUCAAUUUUUUCCCAUCCUCUUUUCUUGGGCAGGAUCUACAACAUUGGUUGACAUUGGUCAUUUGAAAGCUAAUCAACUAAAUGCUACUGGUUUAUCAUUAGAUGGUUCCCAUGAUCUGGAUUGCAGAAAUAGAUAAAGUUCAGAUGAUGGAUCUUCCAUUGUUAAUGCUCAUGUUGAUGGUGCUGAAAUAAGCACAGUCAUGAUUAGGAUGCAAGAUACUGAUGUGGAGAUGCGAUUCCCUUGUGAGAGUACAAGUAACCAUGAUGAUUGUAGCACUAGCAGCACUCAUCAAACUAAGAACUUGAAGGUUUGCCAGAGAAAUAAAAGUCAUGCAGUUGGCCAUGCACUUGAAUAUUCAUCUCAGUUUUUGUAUAUAGUGAGUUAGACCUCUACAUAAAUAUGGUCAAAAUUGAAAUAGUUACCCUAUUUUUGAAUAUAGUGACCUCUUUGUAAAUGCUGUCAAAUUGAUAUAGUUACCUUACUUUUGUAUAUAGUGACUUCUAUGAGAAUAUAUAUGAUCAAAAUUAAUAUAGUUACCCUAUUUUUGUA